AGACAGGUAACCAUCUUUAUUGAUGGAAAAGAAUCCACUGUUUAAAAAAGGUGCAUGAAACCGUAGACUGAGUGGUCCGGCGUUUUAAUUUUUAAGAGUGCAGUGUGAGUGAUACUAGUAUUUGGAGAACUAAAGAGGAGGAUGCCAAGGAAACUGCUGUUGCCUUAUAAAUCUGUGUUUUCUCACUCUCGAGUUCGAAGGGGGUUGCAUGAUUCUUUGGCAAUGAAUGCAGCCAGAAGUGGCUACCGGGUCUUCUCAGCAAAUUCCUCAGCAGCCUGCACAGAACUGGCCAAGAGGAUCACUGAGCGUCUUGGUGCAGAACUUGGAAAAUCUGUGGUGUACCAAGAAACCAAUGGAGAAACAAGAGUUGAAAUAAAAGAGUCAGUCCGAGGACAAGAUGUAUUCAUUAUUCAGACAAUUCCCAGAGAUGUGAACACUGCAGUAAUGGAACUGUUGAUUAUGGUUUAUGCACUGAAAACAUCCUGUGCCAAAACCAUCACAGGUGUAAUUCCCUACUUCCCUUAUAGCAAACAAAGCAAAAUGAGGAAGAGAGGCUCAAUAGUCUGUAAACUCCUGGCUUCCAUGUUGGCUAAAGCAGGUUUAGGCCACAUCAUCACUAUGGAUCUUCAUCAAAAAGAAAUACAGGGUUUUUUUAGCUUUCCUGUUGACAACUUGAGAGCAUCGCCUUUCUUGCUUCAGUAUAUACAGGAAGAGAUUCCUGAUUAUAGGAAUGCAGUUAUAGUAGCAAAGAGUCCUGAUGCUGCUAAGAGGGCCCAGUCUUAUGCUGAGCGACUGCGGUUAGGCCUGGCAGUUAUCCAUGGAGAGGCUCAGUGCACAGAGCAAGACAUGGAUGAUGGGCGGCACUCUCCUCCAACAGUAAAAAAUACUACGUUGUGCACUGGCCUGGAGCUACCCUUGAUGAUGGCCAAAGAGAAACCACCUAUAACAGUAGUUGGAGAUGUUGGAGGUAGAAUUGCCAUAAUUGUGGAUGACAUAAUUGAUGAUGUUGAAAGUUUUGUGGCAGCUGCCGAAAUCCUGAAAGAGCGUGGUGCUUACAAGAUCUUUAUCAUGGCCACUCAUGGUCUGUUGUCUGCUGAUGCCCCACGUCUAAUUGAAGAGUCCUCAAUUGAUGAGGUUGUGGUCACCAAUACAGUUCCUCAUGAAGUACAAAAACUGCAGUGUCCCAAGAUAAAGACUGUGGAUAUCAGCUUGAUCCUUUCUGAAGCUAUCCGUCGCAUCCACAAUGGGGAGUCUAUGGCUUACCUCUUCCGCAAUAUUACCAUGGAUGAUUAAAUUUAUUUUUUCUCAU